AUGCAAACACUUAAUCAAUGUGGUAUCGUAAAUGGUUUAAGUAACGAUUGUUUAACUACAAUAACGAAGCCUAAAGAAAUAUCAAACGCUCAUGAUAAUAAUAACAUUGCUCCAGACCAAAUUGAUUUAAUUGAAGCUAUAACAUUUGCAUCACUUUAUGGUUUUCAGGCAGUGCCAAUACGUAUUAAAAUUCUUUUACAUCGUGCAUUAUCAACUUUAUCAAGAAAACGAGCUGAAGCUGUUAUUCGACGUACCGGCUGGAAAGUGGAUGAUUUUGAACGAGGGUUUAUCCAACAGGUAAUUUUGUUUAUUAAAAUUUUGGCGUGCUGCUUGUCUUUGGCAUUUAAUUUGUAUUUGUUAACUGAUUUCCGCCUAUCUAAUGUUUGUCAACUUUUUUGUCAUUGA